AUGGAGAGUUUGCUCAAGAAAUAUUUUGGGUAUUCUGAGUUCCGGCCGUAUCAGAAGGAGGUCAUAAACAAUAUUCUGCAGAAGAGGGAUUGCUUGGCGGUAAUGGCCACGGGCAGCGGAAAGUCCUUGUGUUACCAGCUUCCUCCGUUGCUGGUUGAUAAGACUGCCAUUGUUGUAAGCCCUCUUAUAUCUCUCAUGCAAGAUCAGGUAAUGAGUUUGAAGCAGCAGGGUAUCAGAGCUGAGUACCUUGGAAGUGCCCAGACCGACCAAUCUGUGAAUGCUCGAGCACAAAAGGGGGAAUAUCGUUUGCUGUUCAUGACCCCUGAAAAGGCUUGCUCCAUUUCUCACAGCUUCUGGUCGAAGUUACUACAGGCAGGAAUUUGUCUCUUUGCUGUGGACGAAGCACAUUGCAUAUCAGAAUGGGGGCAUGACUUCAGGGUGGAAUACAAACAGCUAGACAAGUUACGUGCUAUUCUCUUGGACGUUCCAUUUAUUGGCUUAACUGCAACAGCUACUGAGAAGGUCAGAAGUGAUAUCAUAAAUUCCCUCAAGAUGGAUGACCCUUACAUUGCCAUUGGCUCAUUUGACCGUACGAAUCUCUUCUAUGCUGUGAAACUUCUCAGCCGGAGUUCUGAGUUCAUCGAAAACCUUGUGGAUGAAUUUUCAAAAUCACUUGGAAGGUCUGGGCCAACAAUCAUUUACUGCACAACCAUAAAAGAUGUUGAGCAGGUGUUUAAAGUAUUUCAAGAUGCAGGGAUUAAGUCUGGAAUGUAUCAUGGCCAAAUGACCAACAAAGCUAAGCAGGAGUCUCACAGAUCUUUUAUAAGAGAUGAGUUACAAGUCAUGGUUGCUACUAUUGCUUUUGGAAUGGGUAUUGACAAGCCAAAUGUAAGGCAAGUGAUUCAUUAUAGCUGUCCAAAAAGUCUCGAGACCUAUUACCAGGAAAGUGGUCGAUGUGGUAGAGAUGGUAUAGCCUCCGUCUGUUGGCUUUACUAUACCAGAAGCGACUUUGCAAGAGCUGAGUUUUACUGUGGUGAAACUAAAUCAGAGAACCAAAGAAGAGCUGUUGUGGAGUCAUUGAUGGCUGCUCAGCGCUAUUGCACAAUUACUACUUGCAGAAGAAAGUUUUUGUUGGAUUACUUUGGAGAAACUUCUUCAACCACCAAUUGUGGAAAUUGUGAUAAUUGCUUGGGUUCAAAAAAGGAACAUGAUGUGUCUCGAGAAGCUUUCCUUUUGAUGGCCUGCAUUCUAUCAUGUAAGGGCAGCUGGGGUCUCAAUAUGCCUACAGACAUUCUACGUGGUUCCCGCGCAAAGAAAAUUAUGGACAACCAAUUUCAUAAGCUUCCACUUCAUGGACUAGGGAAAGACCAUUCAGCAAAUUGGUGGAAAUCUUUGGCUUAUCAGUUGAUUUCUCAUGGUUACCUGACUGAGGUUGUUACAGAUAUAUAUAGAACUAUCAGUGUUAGUACAAAAGGGAAGCAAUAUAUUAGUUCUGCCAGACUUGACCAUCACCCACCACUACUUCUACCAUUGACAAGUGAAAUGAUAAACGGUGAGGAAGAUCCAACCAUUACUGGUGGAGACUUGAAUGGUCUGGCAACCUCGGAACAUGAGGGAUUUUCAGAGGCUGAGUCACAACUCUACCAUUCACUCUUGGAAGAGAGAACCAACCUCGCUAGAAGAGUUGGAACUGCUCCAUAUGCUAUUUGUGGUGAUCAAACAAUCAAAAGACUUGCUCUGAUAAGGCCGUCCACUAAAGCAAGACUAGCAAAUCUGGAUGGUGUCAACCAGCACUUUCUUAUGACACAUGGAGAUCAUUUUCUUGAGACCAUCAGUCGUCUAGCAAAAGGACUAAACCUUUCUUUAGAUGGGGAGGCAAACAUACCAGUACCACCUACUGUUAAUAUCAUUAGUAAAGUUGACCUGACAGCCAAUUCCCAACGCAAACUAGCACCAGCUAAACUUCAAGCGUGGAAGAUGUGGAGUGAAGAUGGUCUAUCCAUUCACCAAAUUGCGAGCUUCCCUGGUAGAUCUGCUCCCAUCAAACCGCAAACUGUUCUUGAAUAUCUUCUGGAAGCUGCCCAACAAGGAUGUAAUGUCAAUUGGACCAGAUUUUCCGAGGAGGUCGGGCUCACGAAUGAAAUUUUCAUGGAUAUUACUCGUGCCAUUUCAAAGGUUGGAUCAAGGGACAAGUUGAAGCCCAUUAAAGAUGCAUUACCUGAGGAGAUAAGUUAUACCCACAUCAAGACUUGUUUAGCUAUGCAGAAUUGUGGGAUGUCCUUGGAGAUGGCUCCACCCUGCAUUGGUACAGCAGCAAAUGAUGAAGAAGCUCCACGGAAGGUUGCUGAUACCAACUCCAAAACAACAGCACUCGAAGUUGGAAACUCAUUGGAGGGAGAGAUGAGCGUUUCUUGUGGUGAUGGGCUGCCCUUGGGGAAACGUCAGAAGGUGGAUGGGCCUGAACAGAGUUUAACAUCACUGGUGAUUGCCACAGAAGAUGGCAUAGUGGAUUGGCUUAAAAAUUAUGAUGAUGGGGUUCCUAUACACGAUAUUCUGGAGCAUUUCAAUGGAUCUGGAGAGGAAUCUGUGAUUGCCAUGCUCAACUGCCUCGAAGGUGACUUCGUGAUAUACAAAAAGAACAAUGUGUAUAGGAUUCUGUAA